AGAGGCCGCCUCUGUGUUCACGCACGCUUUAAAACCAGCUCAGUUGUAAACAAUGACAGUCAAUCAUUUUGCUCGCUUGAUAAAAUCUUCCAGGCAGGAUGAUGUUGUUUGUCUCGCUCCUCACGCUAUGCUUAAGUGCAGUGUUUGCUGCUCCAAGCUUCAACCAGCAGUUAGACGAUCACUGGCACCUCUGGAAGAGCUGGCACGGAAAAAACUAUCAUGAGAAAGAAGAGGGCUGGAGGAGGAUGGUGUGGGAGAAGAACCUGAGGAAAAUUGAGCUGCACAACCUUGAGCACUCUGUUGGCAAACACACGUUCCGCCUGGGCAUGAACCAAUUUGGUGACAUGACAAAUGAGGAGUUCAGACAGGCGAUGAAUGGUUACAAUCUUGACUCCAGCCGAAAAUCAAAAGGCUCAUUGUUCAUGGAGCCCAGCUUUUUUGAAGCCCCCCACCAGGUUGACUGGAGAGAAAAGGGCUACGUUACUCCUAUCAAAGACCAAAAACGUUGUGGAUCUUGCUGGGCUUUUAGCUCAACAGGUGCAUUAGAAGGGCAGCUGUUCCGCAAAACUGGAAAGCUUGUUUCUCUGAGUGAGCAGAACUUGAUGGACUGUUCCAGGCCGGAGGGGAAUCAAGGCUGUGAUGGUGGCCUCAUGGAACAGGCUUUCCAGUAUGUUCAGGACAACAAUGGGCUGGAUACAGAAGAGUCGUAUCCCUACCUUGGAACGGAUGAUCAGCCGUGCCGCUAUGACCCCCGCUACAAUGCUUGCAAUGACACUGGUUUUGUGGACAUUCCCAGUGGUAAAGAACAUGCUUUAAUGAAGGCUGUUGCUGCUGUGGGUCCUGUAGCUGUUGCUAUUGAUGCUGCACAUGAAUCCUUCCAGUUCUAUCAAUCUGGCAUCUAUUAUGAGAAGGAGUGCAGCAGUGAAGAGCUUGAUCAUGGAGUCCUGGUGGUUGGUUAUGGUUAUGAGGGUGCUGAUGUUGCUGGGAGGAAGUACUGGAUUGUAAAGAACAGCUGGACCGAGAAAUGGGGUGACAAAGGCUACAUCUACAUGGCUAGAGACCAACAGAAUCAUUGUGGCAUUGCGACCGCUGCCUGCUAUCCCCUAGUGUAAGGCCACUGGACUGUUCUCUGCAUUCUGGAAAUGGCAGUAGUUGGCCUACUUUGUUUUAUUUAUUUUUUUAUUUUUUCCCCAUGCUGUUUUUAAUACUACUGUUUUGUUUUUUUUAUUAAAUAUUGUAAUACAUUUAGGACUUUUAAUAUGUGGCUUUCUUUAUGAACGCUUGCUGUUUUAAUUGUUUUAAAGUCACUUUAGUCUGGAUCACUGCCAGUAUAUUUUGUAGCAAGUUUCUUCUGUCACUUCUGUCAUGCAAGUAAUUUCAUCAUAUUUGACACUUACUCUUGUGAACAUGGCUCAUGUCGAGUGUUACAAGUAUGUGCUACUUGAACUGUAAAUGGAUAAAUAUUAAAUCUACUGGUAUAGAAAGUUA